AUGGACCAGCCUUCCUGUGACUAUGGCGCCGCGCCCCGCACCGCACCCAGCGGUGCUCAGCGUCCCAACGCUCGGCCGAAUUGGUGGGGCCCAGCAACUCGUGCCCAGUCAGCGGGGGAUCCCAGCGUCCCAUUGACAGCCCCGGUGUCGCAGGUGGAAGUCAUGUUUCACCAUCAGUACACAGCUGCAGCGCCACCGUUGCCCAUGGACGAUGUCCGGGCCUUGUUGGCUUCGGAACCCACCCCAGGAUGGGUCAAGCCACAGCGCCCCAGACCACGGCUGGUGGGUCGGAUGGCACCUCCCAGCCGGGGCUCGGGAAGGCGCCCGAAACGGCCCGCGCCACGGCGGAAGUCGCCCGGCAAACCCAUCCGCCCGGAGCCACAGGCAGAGGUGGUGACAGAGGACGAAGCGCCAAAAACCCAACGAUUUGCAGAGACGUUGACGCGACCUGGGCUUCCACCAGGGCUUGGAGUGCAUGAAGAACACACUGAAGGGGGCGUGCAAAAUGAUAUAGCAUUGCAUGUGGCAGAAAAAAUCCGACAGUUGCAAGCACAGAAUUCCAAGGAUUUCAUUUGGGUCAUCAUCGAGUCCUGCCGAGACUGCGCCCAUCAUGAUUCCAGCCUGCGGCAUGAUGAAACGGCCUACAAAAGCCGGUGCCAGAAACUCACGGAAUCCAUCCUCGAAAAGUUCCCAGAAGGAGUGCACGUCGAUGUGUUAGCUGAGCCGCUGGCAACAAGCAGUGAAGCGGAUGGGGUGGAUGCUGAGGUUGAGCAGACUGAUGCAGAUCCAGCACCAAAAGCACCUCCUGGGCCGAAUUAUCGCAUUGGUUCCUUGGAGGUUUACAUGUGCUGCAUGAGUCCCUUGAGACCUUGGGGUGCGGCGCCACUGUCCAAACGAGGCUUUGGGGCCAACAUCUUUGGGCUUUGCAUCUCCUCCAAAUUGAAAAGUCGCGCCUGGCCUUCGAAUGAAGCCGUUCUGAAGCGCAUGUCUCUGUCGAUGCCUCAAGUGCCGGUGGAGGUUUUAGUGCGGAAUGACCUGGGCUUUCCCAUCCCAGGGGUGGCCCUUAGUGUUUUCUGUGCAGAACAGCAAGUGGCACAGAACUCGACUGACCAAACUGGCUCCGUUCAUCUCUUGGUGCCGCUAUUUGCUCCCGUUACCCUGAGAGCAGAGCGCGUCACACCGGCAUUGCACAUGGAACGACAGGAGAAAAUCCUGGAGAUCAUGGCACCUGAUACACAGAUCACAUUUAUUGCUGAGACCUGUGUACAAUUGUGGCAACUGGAAACUGAAAAGGAACUCAUUGUUUACUGCCGAGAUCCUCGCAUGGAUAUGGAGAUCGCCGUACAGCCCAUCCCGGACUUGGUGCCUUUCGUUGGCAGCUUGGAAUACAACAGCGGGGAAACCGUGCGCGCCGAUGCAGAUGGUUUCAUCCGCACUUUGGGAGACCCCUUGGCAGACGCAGACUUUGUCAGUUGCAAUGGCUGGAGAUCUUGCUCAGUGGGCGCCAAAUCUGUACAGGUUCAGGGCACUGGAAGGCUGGUGGAGGUGGGUCGCUUGGGAACUCCCAUUGCUCAGAUUUCCCUCGUCACUUGUUGCUGUGCGAGUUCUAUUCCAAAUGCCCGAGUUUCUGUGAACGGAGUUCACUUUGGCCUGACAGACCUGGGACCUGUCAGCUGCAGUUUGCGCAUGGGAGACCACCAGCUGCUGGUGGAGCACAGUUUCCUGCCUUCCCAAGGCCUGAAUUUACCAUUAAAAAUUCAAGGUGCCACCACCUGCGGCAUCCCGGUGGAGUUUCCCUUGGAUCGCUUGCGCUUUCUAUGUACUGCAGCCCCAGGGACGCGCACACCAUCUGCCGGAUGCCAAGGCACCUCAGAUCUAUGGCUGGUGGGUGGUGACUUGGCCCAGUGGCGCUGUACUCGUGGUGCCCCAGCCAUGGACGCAGAGGUCUGGCUCUGGGACGGCGAGCUGCGGCAUGCGGAGCACACCCUGGCAGUGCAGGCGGGGGCUCUCAGCCGCCAUGGCUGGGGGCUGAAGGAUCAAAGUGGCAGCUCCAGGUCCUCGGAAGAUGGAGGGACUUGCCCCUUUACGGAGGCGUUGGCCAAUCCCGUGGCCAAUAUUGGACCGUGGCAGGUGGUAUUACAAUGUGCCCCAGCCUCCACCACCAACUCCUGUGUUGUAACUCGCCUGGCACGGCUGGCGAAUGGAGAUGCUCCCGCUCUAUGGCUCGCGCGAUUGGUGGCUGCGCCGGAUGCUGAAGCGGCAUCGGUAGCACCCUGUCUACAUGUCCAUUCUACCUGCUGCAGCACUGGUGCAGCUGGUGUCUCUGUCUCUUUGAAUGGGACGCCGGUGGGUGAGAUUGGCGAGAAUGGUGAGUUGAAGCUGCCGAAUGCCAGGGGUUCCUGCCGCGUCGGCAUUCAAGGUGUGCCAUCUUGCCUCCUACCUGGCAGCACCAAUGAGUACCUGGCGCAUUUUCACUGCAGCAAACGCAUGGACCUGGAACUUGCAUGCCUGGUGUGGGUGUACUCCUGGCACCCCGAAGCUGAUGAAGAUGAAGAUCAGGAUGAGGUGAACCAAGAUGCCAUGGCCAUGGUCUUCGUGUGCAGCAAUGUGGAGCAGAUCCCAGAUGAGGCGAGAGCCGUGGUGGGACGCCUCAGUUGCCCCCAAGCGGAGGAGCCGGAGAUCAUUCUGGAAGGCCAAUCCCUUGGCCCCGUGCUGUUGCGGCGCUCCUGGCUUUUCGCGCACGGCAACUGCCUGGUCUCGCAGCUCUCGCUGGACGUCGUGGCGCCCCCCGGCUACGUCUAUGAAGCGCGGUCGCCUUCGCCGUUGCAGCAGAGACACCAGGAGGGGAGUAGGGGGAAGUAA